CAUGACAUGAGGGUGAGCAAAUGAUGACAGAACUUUCAUUUUUGGGUGAACUAAGCCUUAAAUAUAUCCAUUAACACCUUUUCAAAGUCUUAACCUGUUCUUUAUUUUUUAGUGUCAUGUAUGUCACCGGCAUCACCAAAACAGAAACUGAAAAAGUUUCCUGAUUGUUCUCCUGAUAAUACCAAAAAAAGGCAUCGACUAAUUUGUGUGUUCAUGUUGGACAAAAUGCCGAAUUAGGGGUGGUUUGUCAACAAGACGCAUCCAGGCAGUCUUCUGACCUCUGAUGGCAACGACACUGAAGUUCAGCUGUGUGAAGAUGAGAGAUAACACUGAGACAAACCAUCACACACACACUUGAGUCGGAUAAAGAGCUGGCGGAGACUGCGAGGUUAAUGACAUCAGACCGAGAGAAACAGGGACAGAAUGUCUUUCUGGAGCUCUGGAGGAAUAACAGCAGACAGUACCGCAGAGAGAACGCGCCUCCGCCGCUGCUGCUGCAUUGAGGAGAACGUAAGAAAAGAAAGUCUGAAGAAAGAUCCGCGGUCCGGUCCGCUUGAGAUGGAAAAGAUGGCGUGAAAUCCGGUAGAGUGAAUGAAAUUGCUGGUCUGACAUCUUUACUCCUCCGUCAGAAGCAGCUGCGGUGAAGCUUCACAGAAUCUUUAUCUGGAUCUUCGGUUCCUCUCGAUCGACUCCAGCAGAAAUAUUCAGACGCAAACGUUUCUCAAGCAUCACCUGUGAAAGAUGGAGGACCCAUACAGAGAGCGGACGUCUUUGGCCAAAGGUGCCCGUGACAUCGCCAAAGAGGCCAAGCGUCACGCUGUCAAAAAAGUUAACAAAGUGGCCGACCGCGCCUCGGACGAGUACUCGGGCCGCAACUACAGUCGCUUCGAAAACGACGAAGACGAGGGUGCAGAUGAAGAUUGUUAUAAUUACCAGGGCGGUCAGACGCGGCGUGACGACGACGAGGGAUCCAGCGACGCCACCGAAGGCCAUGACGACGAGGACGAAAUAUACGAGGGAGAAUACCAGGGAGUGCCCGCAGGGGGCGGGGCUUCAGAUGGGCGUGUCCAGAUGGCGGUCGGCCAGCCGGUGGCGGAUGGCAUGAAGGACAGGAGAGAGCUGGAGAAAGAGCGAGAGGCAGAUGAAGAAGAGCUGGCUCAGCAGUAUGAACUGAUCAUUCAGGAAUGUGGACACGGACGCUUUCAGUGGCAGCUCUUCUUCGUGCUGGGGUUGGCGCUCAUGUCGGACGGUGUGGAAGUGUUCGUGGUGGGUUUCGUUCUGCCCAGCGCUGAGACGGACAUGUGUGUGCCCAACUCAAGAGCAGGAUGGCUGGGUAGUGUUGUGUAUUUAGGAAUGAUGGUGGGGGCGUUCUUCUGGGGCGGUCUGUCAGAUAAAGUGGGCCGAAGACAGUGUCUGCUGGUGUGUAUGUCAGUCAACGGUUUCUUCGCCUUCCUGUCGUCUUUCGUUCAGGGCUACAGCACGUUCCUCUUCUGUCGGAUGCUGGCGGGAUUUGGGAUCGGCGGGGCGGUUCCUAUCGUCUUCUCAUACUUCGCUGAGUUUCUGGCCCGUGAGAAGCGAGGAGAACAUCUCAGCUGGUUGUGUAUGUUUUGGAUGGUGGGUGGGAUCUACGCCUCUGCCAUGGCCUGGGCCAUUAUACCACACUAUGGAUGGAGCUUCAGUAUGGGUUCAGCGUAUCAGUUUCACAGUUGGAGAGUGUUUGUUGUCGUCUGCGCUCUUCCCUGCGUCUCUGCAGUCGUGGCUCUGACGUUUAUGCCAGAGAGUCCUCGUUUCUACCUGGAGGUUGGGAAACACGAUGAGGCCUGGAUGGUUCUUAAACAGAUUCAUGACACCAACAUGCGAGCUCGUGGAGAACCUGAGAAAGUGUUUACUGUGAAUCGUAUAAAAACCCCCAAACAGCUGGAUGAGCUGGUGGAGAUGCAGUCAGAAUCCACCAACCCAGCGCUCAAAGUUUUAUUCAGAAUCAAGAGUGAACUUCAUGGAAUCUGGCGGACGUUCCUGAAGUGUUGGGAAUACCCUGUCAAGGACAACACUGUGAAGUUGGCCAUCGUCUGGUUCUCGCUGUCAUUUGGGUAUUAUGGUCUGUCUGUCUGGUUCCCUGAUGUGAUAAAGCACCUGCAGGCCGAUGACUACGCCUCUCGAGUGAAGAUCCACAAUAAUGAAAGAACCGAAGACUUCACAUUUAAUUUCACUCUGGAGAACCAGAUUCAUAAGAAUGGAGUUUUCAUCAAUGACAGGUUUAUUGGGAUGAAGUUUAAGGCGGUGACUUUCGUAGACUCCACGUUUCAGAGCUGUUACUUCGAGGAUGUGACCUCCAUCGGGUCAUACUUCAAAAACUGCACCAUCUUCGAAGCUUUCUUCUAUAACACAGAUAUUGAUGACUCGAAACUCAUCGGCUCUUCUGUUAUCAACUCCACGUUCGCGCACAACAAGACGGGCUGUCAGAUGACGUUUGAUGACGACUACAGCGCAUACUGGGUGUACUUCAUCAACUUCCUUGGAACGCUGGCUGUGUUGCCUGGCAACAUCGUCUCCGCCCUCCUGAUGGAUAAAGUGGGUCGGCUGAGCAUGUUAGGCGGCUCUAUGGUUUUGUCGGGCAUCAGUUGUUUCUUUCUGUGGUUUGGCACGAGUGAGUCGAUGAUGAUCGCAAUGCUGUGCGUUUAUAAUGGACUCAGUAUUUCUGCCUGGAACUCACUGGAUGUGGUGACGGCUGAACUUUACCCCACUGACAGAAGGGGUACUGGGUUUGGCUUCUGUAACGCCAUGUGUAAGUUAGCAGCGGUCAUGGGGAAUCUCAUAUUUGGGUCUUUGGUUGGCAUCUCCAAAUCCAUCCCGAUCCUGCUGGCAUCAUCUGUGCUGGUCUGUGGAGGUCUGGUGGGUCUGCGGCUGCCCGACACUCGCUCUAACGUCCUCAUGUGACCUCCGAACCCUGAGUCUCCACAGAAACACGAGAGACGCGCUAGGGGUGAGAGAGGAGGUGACUGCAUCAUGUGACAUCAAGUGUUUGUUUGUUAAUAACGUUCAUCUAAACGGAUUCAUUCCUCGAUUGGUUGCUUUACUCUUUGGACUCGUCCGUGGCCCAGGUUAGACCAAACAGAAUUCCUAUGCGUUAGUCUGUCUGUAAAUAAAAAAAGAUUGUUGUUUGUACUUGAAAAUGUCAAAAGAAAACAUCAAGUGUCGCACUGUGACUGUUUGAUCUAAGCUGGGCGCCGGUGUUUUAAUGUCGUCGAGAAACCUUUACCUUUAGGUCACAAACGUAAGAUAUCAGGUAAUUUUAAUGCUUAUGACGAGGACUCAUUUUGAAACACUUUUUGAUUUGUUUAAAAUGACACUUUUACACUCAAAUGUGAGUACAGAAGGAGGUCAUUUUGAAACGUAGACUUUAGCGAUGAUGACACCUUUUAGUCUGUUCCGAGGUGACUUCCACCGAAACAUUUCUUAAAUAAUGAACGAGAACAAUCCAGUUUACAUUUUCUGCUUUUGAUGAUGAUUUAGCAGAAGAACACGUCCGAACGCUCUCGCCAUGUUAUCAAUGUAGCUGCUGAUAGAGACUUCAUUCGUCUCGUGUGUUUUUCCUCAGGGGUUAAAGGUCUCUAAACACGUCUUAACUUUAACCUCAGCUGCUACGCUUCUCCGCCACACCGCCGCGUGUGUUUCCAUUUGCAAACUCUUCCUCUGAAUACUGAAUGGCCUUUGCUUUCCUAUCUGUGCCUCCUCUGUCAGCUUCUUGUAGGUUGUAGUGAUGCAUCGUAGGGCAUAAUGUCGUGCGUGUGAAUCUGUUCCUGUUUUUCUAUUCUCAUCACCGAACGAAACGUCCUGAUGGUUCGUAAAUGCAGUAUGACAGAACAUAUAGGAUGGCCACAUCUUGAAUAAUAAAAGCCAUUGAGUCUGAUGUGAGAUGCACUGAAUACGUCACGUCCAGAAACAUACUCUAUGCAAGUAUGCAAACGCAGCCGUGAAUGCUUAGUCGACGCUUUACUUUCUUCAGACGGUCUUCACUGUUCAUGUCAGUGUGAUGCAGACAAACAGAAGGUGGGAGAAAUGAGAUCUGAGCCGAUACACCAGAUGUGUUAUUCAGGUAGAUAUUAAAAAAGAGAAAACCGAAAACUGAUAUUUUUAACUCUCAAUGUCCCUUUCAAAUCUGUAUGUUUCAGGUCUAAUAAUCUUAAUCAUUUGAUGUUUUGUGUGUGUCAGAGAGUCAAGACUUUGAGAGGAAAGUCAAAUGUAAUGGGCAAUUAAAUAAAUCUUGUAAAGCGUUGCCCGUCGGGUGAUAACAUUGAAUCAUUAUAUUUUUUAAUGUCAGAUGUGUUUGUCUCAAAUGUACUUUAUGUGUAGAUAGAUCUUGUAUUUGUGAAAACAGAGUUAUUCCUUUGUGUCCAUAGAUGUUUAUUUUGGAUGCUUAUGUGGUUUCGGGGUGUUAUGUAUUUUGUGUUUUGAGGAUAAUGUUCCAUAGUUCAAUCAUGUGGUCGAAUGGAACUGAAUUUGAAGUUUAAUGGGUUGCACAAGAUGGCGCCGGUGGGCUGUUGCUACUCCAGAGUCUGUAGACUAAUUUCCAGUCGUAUAAGACUGAGGCUGUAUCCAAAAUUGCCCACUAUACCAUCGUUCACUAUUCCCUCCUUCACUAUACCCUCGUUCACUAUUCCCUCGUUCGCUAUUCCCUCGUUCACUAUUCCCUACAGUUGUUCACUAAUAUAGUAUUCUUUAAGGAGCGGUGAAAACGAGUGUGUAAAUUCGGACACUCAGUGCACUGGAAACGAGGGAAUUCAUUCACCACGAGCAUCACGUGAUAGAUGGCUAUUAUCAGCUAUACCGUAAAAUAAAUCUGUAAAAAAAAGCAUUUUCUGAAAAAAGGAAAAACUAGAAUAUACUACAAAAUAUGUUAUUUUUAUCUGUAAAAUUAUAGGAUACAAGGAUACAUAUUAAACAGUUUUCCCCAUUUUUCUUGUAGAUGUGUUGUCUUGUUCUGUAAUUUUACAGUUUUUGACUGCAUUGCAAAAUAAAUUGUGAAAAAAAGAAAACUUGUUAAAAAAAUUAAAUUCUGGCUGCUGGGACACUCUGGGGCACCAGAAACAAACUGUAAAAUAACAAGUUAUCACUGUAAAAUUACACUCUCCCCCUGUUUUUCCUGUAAAUGUAACCAUAUUAUAAAAAUAUAUAUAAAAAGCAGUAACAUUUAGUUUUUUUUACAUUUUAUGUGGAAAAUCUGUGAGAAAAUAAAGGAAAAACUGCUAUUUUUACAAUGUAUCGGUGAGUUUACAUCGGUUGUACAGUCGUUAUUAUGGUGCAUCAUGGGAUUGAAUGAGUGCACUCAAUAUUUCCAUUAUUCAAUUCAAUUCAAGUUUAUUUAUAUAGCAAUACACAAUGUGUAUUGUUUCAAAGCAGCUUUACAGGGGCAAACAGGAAAUAAGAAAAGUUAAAACACAUUAUGAAUUCGGACACCAAUAAAAAUGGAUGUCUCUUCAAAUAGUGCACUAUAUUCGUGUAUAGGGGGUUAAUUGUUUGUUUUUAGUUGUUUUGCUUAACGGAAUGUUUAGCAAUGUAAAGAGGAUCGGUCAUAUCGCUUAUGUUACUUUUUUGUUACCUCCCAAAAAUCCUGCUUUUUCCAUACAGCGUUAUACGACCGGAAAUGACUCUGCCGACUCUGGCAUCCCAAAUGCUCACCGGCGCCAUCUUGUGUAACUAGCGAAUUGAACUUUUUUUGCUUUAUGUACUGUAUUUAAUUUCUGAUAUGAACAAGCUACACACGCGGUCUAUCUGAAACUGAAACAUGAAGAGUAUACCGCGGUAAAAUACACCCCUGCAUGUGCAUAUUGAAUCGUUGUGCUUUCUUGACAAUUUCAUUUGCUCGUCUGUGUCUUUUUAUUGUUUGAAAGAUGAAUGUAUUGUUAUCGUGAGCGUGUGAUGUCGUACUGAAACCGGGACUGGUUGUGUUUGAUCUGGCAUGCCAAAACGCGGAGUCGCGAAGUCGCGAAUCUGCCCUGUCAAAUUCAUUCUGUCAAAGUGUCUGUGACGUCACCGGCCAAAUGUCUCUGAUAUAUUUGACUUUAUUUUGAAAAGAGAGAAAAAGUGCCAUGUAUAUUGUAAAAGAGAAGUGAAGUGAAUUCGCGUUGGAUUCACAUGUACUGCUAUUAAAGAGUUUCAUUGUAAGACUCUAAA